AUUUUCUCAAACCCCAUUGGAGGAGAAGGUCAGAGGGACGGGACCUCUGGCUUCUCAUCCACUGUUUUGAGAAGGAGGCGAGGAUAAAGAAGCGAAUGCGGUUUGUCAGGUGACUAGCUGGCUCGGAUAAUUCAUGAAUUUAACAGUCGACAAAAGUAUGAUAUCUAGGUUCCUUGUACCAACAUUAUUGUCGGCAAAAGGUCCUGCACAAUAUACAAUUUCCCCCUGGAUUUGAGACUACUGAAAAGGCUUUGAAUGUAUUAUGCUCGAGUCUGUGACUGCGGUGGUGAUGAUUGCGCAAUACAAUGGCAGUAUAUUGCCUACCUCAGUGGAGAACACAUCAGCAACACCAACCUGGGGACCAGAGCCUCACAGAUGUUUGCAGGUCCUAUACGAGGAAAUUGGCGAGUUAAGAGUUCGGUUUUGGGACCUCAUGCUGCUCAUUCCCAAUCUAGUUUUCUUCAUGUUCUUGAUGUGGAAACUGCCCUCAGCCAGGGCCAAAAUCACACUCACCUCCAGCCCCAUCUUUAUUACCUUCUACAUUCUGGUGUUUGUGGUGGCAGCGGUGGGAAUCACCCGUGCCAUCGUGUCCAUGACCAUCAGUGCAUCAAGUUCUGCCACCAUCAUUGACAAGGUGCUGUGGGAGAUCAGCCGUUUCUUUCUGCUCACCGUGGAGCUCAGUGUUAUUAUCCUGGGACUGGCUUUUGGCCACCUUGAGAGUCAGUCCAGUAUAAAGCGUGUGCUGGCUAUCACUGCUGUACUGGCACUGGGCUACUCAAUCACACAGGGCACACUGGAGAUCGUGUACCCCGACGAGCACCUGUCCGCCGAGGACUUCAACAUCUACGGCCACGGAGGACGCCAGUUUUGGUUGGCCAGCUCCUGCUGCUUCUUCCUGGUCUACUCUUUGGUUGUCAUCCUUCCCAAAACCCCGGUGAGGGAGAGAAUAUCUCUGCCAUCUAAGAAGAGUUUUUAUGUGUACUCUGCCGUUCUGUCCCUGCUCAAUCUGGUCCAGGGGCUGGGCAGUGCCCUUCUGUGUGCCGGCAUCAUAGAGGGGCUCUGCUGCGUGGAUGUCACCACCUUCAUCUACUUCUCUGUGUUUGCCCCACUCAUCUACGUCACCUUCCUCAAAGGCUUCUUCGGCUCAGAGCCCAAGGUCCUCUUCUCCUACAAGUGCCAGGUGGACGAGCCUGAUGACCAGACGGAUGUCCACCUGCCCCCCGCCUCAGGCCUGGGCCACAAGGAGCAGCUGGAACGGGGCUCCUUCUACCCUGGCACCCAGAUAGAUGGCCUGACUGCUGCAACCAUGGGCACCGGCAUAGUUGCUUACCUGGACAAUGUGGCCUCUGGUCCUUUCGGGCCGGGUAGCAUAAACAGCGACCGCUGGAGAGCCAUCAACGCCUGAGAAGAGAGGAAAUGAGAAGGCAGGAUAGGGGAUGUUGGACUUGUUGAGUGGAGAAGUUGGAGUUUGCUAUGGCUCUCUCUCCCUCUGGAGACACUGAAUUGACUCUCAUUUCAGCCCCUGUCUGUUCUUCAUUUUGGAUCUUGCUGCCUUGUCCAUUCUGGCUCGAACAUGACAUUUUCCCCCAAUACCUGCAGGGGAUAUUUCUACAACUUCAGUCAAGUGUUAUCCCCCCUGUAAAUGAGUGUGUGGCUGACCAAGAUAAGAAGAUAAUGUAAAGGUAAUGUCCGAUACAUUUCCAUCGAAGGAUUACAACUGAGGUAAAGUCCAUUAACUGUGGCCUUGUAUUAGAUUUAUAAUCGUCUUGUAUUGAAUAACUGCCUCGCUCGCUAUAGGCCAGCCGUGUUCUUAUUGCGCUAGGAUCCUUCUCUAAAUUGCAUCACUCAUAAUGAAUCAAGUGUGCUUAAUUAUUUUUUAAAUGUUUGAUAUCAGUUCUUUUUUCCCCACUCUUGUUGAUGAUCGAAAUCCUACAGUGUAACGUCAUGUACAAAUUCAAGACCUGUUUGGCUUGAGUCUACAGGGACUUGGUAUGCCAUGUCAGACAAUUAGCAGUGCAACUGGUAUGUAUGUAACUUGAUGCUGGGGCUGGGAGAGACACAAAAUGGACGCCAUGUCGCACCCGCAUCGCCUGUACCUAUUUUAUGCUAUUGUUUGCCGUCUGUUUUAUUUAUUUUAGUGACUGCUUGGUUUUAUGUCGAUAGGUAGUUCCAUCAGCUGAUCAUUCCUGGUAUUAAAGGUGCUUAUGACUUAAGUAAAACUUUCCAACCACCAAUCAAAUGAGAUGGAGAAGGCAGGAACAGCACUUGUGGCGAAACAAUGUUUUUUGUGGACAUUUUUAUUUCAAGAAAUAUUCAUGCCCAUAUACAUUGGAUUCAACCCAAAAGUGAGUUUUUUUUUAAACGACUUAAAAUUAGUUUCACUAUAUGAAAUGAUUGACGAAGUCACCUUAUGGGGUUUCCCUUGUGUUCUUUAUAGUCAACCAUGAUUUCAUCACAAAGAAAGAGCAACUUUUAAACAAAGUCCAUCUGCUUGCUCAUGAUGCUCAACGCAAACUAAAUACCAAUUUUCAUGAAGCCCUACUUCCUUGUGUUAAUUCCUACUUGUAUGUCUGCUGUGAACUUAAUAGCCCACAACACAUGGCUUGUGUUAAUUCCUACUUGUAUGUCUGCUGUGAACUUAAUAGCCCACAACACAUGGCUUGCUGGGAAUCCAAUUUUAUUGGUGCCUGAAAACAAUGUCAUUCCAGUUUGUGUGAAUUACGAUGUCACUUUUUUGAUUUUAGUUUUGUUUAUGCCCCUCUUGAUUUUGUCACUAUAUUCAUUCCCCCAAAGAUUAAUAUUAUGUUUGCUAUGAUAAAUUGUGAAGUGGGUAAAGUUAUUCAUGUGACAUAGCAUCCAGUGGAGGCUAGUGAGAGGAGGAUGGCUCAUCAUAAUGGCUGGAGCAGAGUAAAUGGAAUGGCGUCACACACAUGGAAACCAUGUGUUUGAUGUAUUUUAUUCAAGUCAUUACCACAAGCCCGUUCUGCCCAAUUUACGGUGUCCCUAACCUACUGUGAUAGCAUCACUACGUAAUAUAAGAGACAUUAAUUUUUUUCAUAAGCGUAAGCCACCACAAAACAAGUGUUUUAUAUUGUCAUUGUAGUAUUUUAUACAAGUCUUCUGCUUUGCUCUUCCCAAUACCUGCCCUGCAUUAACAGACUGUUGCUUGCUCUCAAACACUGCCUUAUAUUUCUACAGAAAUGUCGGAAGAGUUGCAUUUGAGGUACAAAAUUAUACUAUACUCAAAUCAUCAUGAAUAAGGUCUCUGGGUGUGGGUUUCAAAUGCAAGCACAGUCAUGUUAAAGAUUGAAUAAAAUAUUUAAGAUGGUAAAUAAAAGAACUUUGAAAAAGAGUGAGCAUACUUGAUGCCAGCAAUUUGUGAACAAUUUAUAGCUCAAUGAUACACUAUUCAAUUAAAAUAAAAGAACAGUUGAUGUGUUUCAGCAUUCCAUGAGAGACUAUUAAAAUAGGCUUCCUUUUCAUUCCUAUAGGCUGCCCGUAUCUAUUUUCUUUGGACCGUGUCUCCCCUUGUUGUUUUGUUGUGGUAUUGCAAAUGGAAAAGCGGUCCCAGUAAAUAUUUCAGUUGUGCAUGGCAUGCAGUGUUUCUGUUGUCUGGGGUUAGCCAAAGCUGAAUGUAUGGCAUACAAUUUUAUAUAUAUUUUGGACUAACCAAUCAUCUUUCUUGUACAAACAUGCACAACAUUUGGAGAUUUAGAUUUCUGGGAGGCAGGGGAUGACUACAGAGGUACAAUUCCCAGCCCCUUUAUGGUCGCCUAUGAUACACGAUAAAAUGUAAUUGCAUUCAGAUUAUUUUAUCCACCUAUACUGUGGAGAAUACUGCAUGUCCUGGAAAAGUGACCUUUCCUUUUGGAGGCCCUAAGCAAGAUUUGGUUUGAAGGGGGGGUGGGGUUACUUCGCAAGCAGAGCAUUUUAGUGGCCCCCCCUCUUGAUGGUGAGGAGAGACAUUUUUUUUAAGUAAAUUUCCUGUAAUUCUACACAUUUUGCCAUGGGGUCCCACAUGACAAAAUUCUAUAGUAUACUGUGGUAUAAAUACAGAGAAUGGUAUAUUUUAUACUAUCGUGUUCACUGUAGUUUAAAACUUUAUUGUAGUGUUUUUGUGGACAUGACUAGUAUACUGUAGUGUGUUUGUGGACAUUACUGUAUUUACUAUAGUGUUUUUAUUUUAUUAUCUUGGACAUGUGUGUGCUUUCUCAUUGAGGAAACCUACAGGACAAAUGCUAAAAGAGCACAUUUUCCAAAACCUGUAGGUAGGACUGGAGUCUGAAUGGGUAGUUCAAAGCUUCUGCUCUUUUCUAUAACCCGUAGGUAGGACUGGAGUCUGAAUGGGUAGUUCAAAGCUUCUGCUCUUUUCUAUAACCCGUAGGUAGGACUGGAGUCUGAAUGGGUAGUUCAAAGCUUCUGCUCUUUUCUAUAACCCGUAGGUAGGACUGGAGUCUGAAUGGGUAGUUCAAAGCUUCUGCUCUUUUCUAUAACCCGUAGGUAGGACUGGAGUCUGAAUGGGUAGUUCAAAGCUUCUGCUCUUUUCUAUAACCUGUAGGUAGGACUGGAGUCUGAAUGGGUAGUUCAAAGCUUCUGCUCUUUUCUAUAACCUGUAGGUAGGACUGGAGUCAAUGGGUAGUUCAAAGCUUCUGCUCUUUUCUAUAACCUGUAGGUAGGACUGGAGUCUGAAUGGGUAGUUCAAAGCUUCUGCUCUUUUCUAUAACCUGUAGGUAGGACUGGAGUCUGAAUGGGUAGUUCAAAGCUUCUGCUCUUUUCUAUAACCUGUAGGUAGGACUGGAGUCUGAAUGGGUAGUUCAAAGCUUCUGCUCUUUUCUAUAACCCGUAGGGAACACAAUAUAUGGUCUGUACUUGGCAUGUACGUUUUUUUUUGCAGACAUUACUUUAGUAUUUACUAGUGUUUUUUGGGGGGAUAAUACUGUAGUAUUUCCAAUUGUAUACUACAACAUUCUAAAGGAAGUACUACACACGAUUGAGGGAUACUUGUGUGUAGCGUAUUCUACUUUAUAAACUGGGUGUCACGUUCUGACCAUAGUUCGUUUUGUGUUUUCCUUGUUUUAGUGUUGGUCAGGACGUGAGCUGGGUGGGCAUUCUAUGUUUUGUGUGUCUAUGUUGGGUUUGUUGUUUGGCCUAAUGGUUCUCAAUCAGAUGCAGGUGUUUGUCAUUGUCUCUGAUUGGGAACCAUAUUAAGAUGGCCUGUUGGUUUGUGGGUGAUUGUUCCUGUUCAUGUUUUCUAUUUUCUCUAGUUCAGGACUGUAGCUUCGUUGGUUUUCGUCUGUUUAUUGUUUUGUUCGUCUUGAAGAAGUAUUCUAAUAAAGAUGGAUACAUACCACGCUG